AUGAUUAUUUCCCUUCUUACUGGGCUGACGCUCGGAAGUGGUCCAUUGGCUUCGGCUAUUUGUAACAAGUAUGGAUGUCGAGCCACAACAAUCACUGGAGCCCUUAUUGCCGCUGUUGGGUGUGGCAUAUCGUACUUUGCUACGCAGAUGUGGCAGAUCGUGUUCUCCGUAGGAGUGAUAAUGGGAGUCGGAUUCGGGCUCAUGUACUGUCCAGCGAUUGUCAUCGUAACAAUGUACUUCGAGAAGCGGAGAUCAUUAGCUACGGGCAUUGCUGUUGCUGGUGCUGGCGUUGGCACAGUACUGUUUUCACCAAUAAAUGAAUACAUCAUCAGUCACUAUGGAUGGAGAGCGGUAUUUCUUGCAUUCGAAGGUCAGCCAUUCAUCAUCUAG